AUGGAAGGCACUACCUAUGGAUUACCUACCUUGGUGGGAACGUUGAAAAGGGCACAUACAAUAGUUGUCAAGUUUAAAGUUGACAGAGGUUGGAUUAAACUCGGUUCGUCUCGAUUUGUCCCAAGUCCCACGACUUGGACAGUAAAACAGCGUAUGGAAACAGAUGCUGACCCCGCCGAGGCGGGCCACCAGGAGCUCCGCCUCCUCGUUGGUGAUGUUAUCGAAUCAUCCAAAGUACCCGCCAAAACACGCGCGACUAGUAUCAAACCCACCAUCGCCAAUCUAACAUCACUUUCUUAUGAAUGGGGUGUUUUGCCGGAGACCCUAGACAGUCUCGUCAACCUUGUCACAACACCAAACUAUCUAGAUCAAGCAAGUCAGGCUGCCAUCAUCAGAAACCUUUAUCCCGCCGAGGCCGUGUCUCGAGAUUCUGUACUUCGAGUCGUCUCUUGUCUUGGUCAUGGAACUCUCAAGCCGUCUCUGACACUACAGGCGGCUCUCAUCAAAUGGCUUAUUACCGUUCACCACACUUUGGAAUCACCACAGGUGCUUUCUCAAGCUUAUCCCGUUCUUUUUAAUCUCCUUGAUACCGCUGCCACCCGACUCAACCUCUCAAGACAAACAGGAAACGAUCCUUCCCUGAUUGGUCUGUUGAGGGUCUUCAAAGAUUAUUACCCUGAAGUUAUUGUAGGAGAAGUCGUUCGUGGCAAAGCGUCUUCAUUCAAACACCCUGAUCCCCAAUGGCGAGAUAGGUUAGACGAGAUCCAGGAGGCACAUUUCUACAACUCCCAAGAAGGUGUAUCGAGACCAAGAGAUGGUUUUCGUGUCCAUCGCCCAAUUGGUCGUGCUGCCCGGAAGAAGACCGUCCCGUUGGUCCACACGUCUCAUGUGACAGAGGAUGCCGUUACAUUGGAGGAAAUUGAAAACGCUGUUGGUUUUGUCAAGAGUAUCGACAAGCUAGAGCUGCCUAACCAGCUAGUUGCCGUCCUUGCAGAUCCGUUACUGCAAAAGCUCAUGGUUCUACGGCCAAGUAGCGAGUCUGACCAAAGAAUAGCGAAUUGGCUCAACUCUGCUCUUCAAGAUGUUCAGUACGGUGAUGCAGAUGAAGCCACCUUCUUUGAGAUAUUGGAUAUCUUCCGAGACUAUGUCGUCUCGGCCAAGGUUCUCCCCUCACUGCUACUUGAUUUCUUCGCCCGCUUUCUUCCACUCUGGGACGGUUCCCAACACCGCGAUUCGAUUUUUACGAUAUUGUCCUACUCCCCGCUACUUGAUUUUCAAAAACUAUACCAACACAUCUUCAAACCUCUCGAGGAAGCGACAUUUGACAACACCCCUGAAUCCCAACUGGCCGUCCUUGACUUGUACAAAAACACCCUUCACCACUGGACAGUGGUUCUGGAAUCUAGCGAUACCAUACCGGAUUAUGCUAGUGAUGCCGUUGCUGACUUGAUCCGGCAUGUCAACCCUCUAGCCCUCAGUAUCGCCCAGACAUCUACCUCCGUCUCAGCACGUUCCGCCAUCCUCGAUUUUUAUGAGCAAAACUCCCGACUCAUCAGCCACGAAACCUUGAGGCACUAUAUUCGCAUCGAGCUACCCCCUUCGCAUUUGAUAUACAUACUCUUCUUUAGCAGUUCGGUCGCCAUAAUGUCACGUAUUUGCGCUAUUCUCGCCUCUUACAAGAAGGGCUUUGAGAUGGCCAUGCUGACCAAACCAAAGCAUGACGGAAGCAACCGCAUUGACUCUUCGUCAUAUAAUCGGAUUUUCGUGAGUCUUUUUAAUGGAUAUCUCAUGGACAUGUGUAACUGCUUUUGGCGAGGGAAGGCCUUUACCGACAGUGAUCCAAACGCACAGGGCUGCUUGAUCCCAAGAAGCAUGGUCCCCAUACUAUCUUCAUACAUAGCAUCUGUGGAUAAAUCUCUUGCUCUGACCUCCCUGUUUUCAUUGUCACACUCGCCCCUCCUGUGUCUGCAGAGCAUGCGGUGUAUACAAGAUCUCGAAAGUGCCGAGAUCAACAGUGGCACCCCCUUGCGUAUCAGACAUGAAGGGCCGCCGACACAAAGCAGUCUUGGACAGCUGGUAGGUUCUGGCGGUAUACGCAUCUCCUGGCAAGAUUAUAGAAUAAAAGUGUUGGAGGAACUCAGCGCCAAUGAGCUCGCUGGUAUCACCGACCUACUCAAGAACACUAUGACAAUUUUAAGAAAGUUGAUAGAUGGCGGGGGGAGCACAAGACCAAAUACGGCACAGUAA